GGGCGUCUUAUCAACGAUCGUACGACCGUUUUUGACGUACGAUUAUCGUACGUCGAUCGUACGAUUUUGCUAGUGUCUUAUCAAAGAUCGCGGGUGAUCUAUGUCGUACGAUAAUCGUAAGAUUGUGUAUAAAGUCUGCGAUCGCUAAGGAGCAGUCGUAGAUCAAACAAAAUGGCCGCCGUAAUAUUACAAAGGCAACGCCAGCGGCGAAAAAAGCGAAAUUUCAAGGAACGUGUGGUUACCAUUGACCACUUGACAGAGCAGGAGGUCGUCUCCAGAUACAGACUUGACAAAGCGUCAAUUGCAGAGUUGGAGGGCCUCUGUAGGGAAGACCUGUCGCCCAAGACAGAUCGUUCUUGUCCCCUACAGAGCAUGACAAAGGUUCUCAUUGGGCUGAGAUUUCUGGCUAAGGGUGACUUUUUAUCAGAGGUCGCAGAUUUGCAUGGGGUUUCCAAGGCCACAGCAGCCACUGUAGUGGAUGAGUUCAUUAACAGUGUGAAUCUAAGGUUAAGGAACAUCAGGUUUCCAACAGAUAGAAUUGAGUUAAAUGAAAUAAAAAGGAAAUUCUACCAAAAGUGUAGAAUACCCAACAUCAUAGGAGCAGUAGAUGGUACGUUAAUACCAAUUCAAGCACCCACAGAAGAUGAGGCAGCAUAUGUUUGUAGAAAGAACUACCAUGCUCUAAAUGUUCAAGCCGUUUGUGAUCCAGAUGCAAGAUUUACAGAUGUUGUUGCCAUGUGGCCAGGGUCCCAGCAUGAUGCAGCAAUUUUCAACUCCUGUGGUUUGAAGAAUCAUCUUGAACUGAAUGAUAUUGGCAUGCUGCUUGGUGACAGUGGAUACCCUCUUAAGAAGUACCUGCUGACACCAAAGCUUAAUCCAAGUACACCACAGGAGGUUGAAUUCAACAAAUACCAUAGUAGAGGCAGAAUAGUCAUUGAGAAAGCCUUUGGUCUAUUAAAGUCACGUUUUCGUUGCCUGCACAGAACUGGCGGUGUACUCCAAUUCAAACCAGGAAAAUGCAGCCAAGUGGUGUUGGCAUGUAUGAGGCUGCACAAUUUAUGUGUGAGCAGAAAUGUACCAGAGCCCCCUGCAAUAGCUGCAGAUGAUGACAAUGCUCCAUAUACAUGUAUUAACAAUCAUGGAGGAGUUGAAGACAGGCAUAUAAGACAAGCCAUAAUCAAUUUGUUCUGACAUUUAAGAUUGUGUAGUGUUUAAAGCUGCUCACCAUCAGAUAUUUGGUGAAAAAGAGAAGUUCCUCCAAAGUGUCUAAGAUAAAUGUCCAUUUUUAGCUCGACUAUACAAAGUAUGGAGAGCUAUCCUACUCGGCCUGGCCAUAAC